UCCGGUCCUUCUCUCUCUUCCAGUACAUCCCUUCUCUCUCUUUCUCUCUCUCUCUCUCUCUCUCUAAGCGGAAAAAUUUGGCAACACUAUGUCGACGACGACGACCGAUCUCCAGCUCCUCCGCGAUCUGCCAAAACUCCGUCUGCACGUCGUCGAUUGCCCUCCACUUCCAGAAUUCUCCGGCUCCGCCCCCUCCGCAACAGCGGUUGACUGCAAUUCGGAUGCCGUCCGUCCAGAAGGGCGUCGGGAAGACGAGGAGGAAUGCAGAACCCCGACGUCGGAGGAGAACCGAAUCCCGGCCCUUCUGUCCUGCCCGCCAGCACCAAAGAAGCCGAGGCUCGCUCUGUCGUGCAAGAGGAAGCUGUCGGAGCUGGAUUUCUUUGAGAUCGUGAACCGCGCGGAGGUCGAGGAGUUCUUCAGUGCAACGCCGGUGGAGCCGAAGAGGAGACGCCUCCCCGAACGGAUCGUUGCGUAGCCGUACGGAUCGAUCGAAUCGGGUUUCCUAAUUUUCCCACUCAAAAUAUAGGAUUCAAAAUUUCAAAGUCGAAAUUGUUGAUUAUAUUGUGUACGUAUUUUUUUUUCAUUUUUUCAUCACGCGCUAUAUGAAUAGAUAGGUGUGGUCGAUAUAACUAGGUAGAUUUUUAUUUUUUUUUUUAAUCUGAUUCAAUUUCAGCUCAUCAAUUCUUCUGGAAUUCCAGAUAUAUCGUUAAUAACAAUCAAGAAGAAGUACCAGAAAUUCUCUGAGCAACAUUACAUUGGA